AUGUGCGGUUGCAUGGUUUUCAAGCUAUUGACGCUAGGAAUUAUUUACCUAUUAUUGCUUCAACAAGAUAAUGCACAGAACGUGUCAAAAACAACAGAACCGGAAUUAAUCUUGGAAAAAACGGUCUUCCCGUUUACCUACAAAAAUGUGAUCUUCUUGAACCAGCUUAACUUUAAGAUCUUAAAGAAGAUCUUACAAGAGACCAUUGAGGAAGUUGAACAAGAAGGGCGCGCAGUCAUUAGUCAAGAGGAUCGUAAACGACGUAAUGCUCCAAUUGAAUCUAAAUUUCCGUCCCUUCAAUCUCAUGAUCUCCAAGCUUAUCGACUGAAAGCAAUUAUCAGUUUUUCUCCAACUCAAGCAGUAUAA